AUGCUGUUCAUUAGACAAUUGAUUCCAUCGGAGCGUCGUACGUCGAAUUUAAAUGAACAAUCAUUACAUCGUGAUUCAACGAUGAGUGUACUGCAACAUCGAGUGGCUAUCAUCUCUUCCCAAUAUGUUUCAAUAGAUUCACCGCUAAUCAAUAAUACUAGCUCGUCAUCAUGUGCCUAUCGUAGUGGAAAUUGUUCGCUUACAAAUCAACAACAACGUUAUAAUGAACAACCGUUAGUGUGUACGAUACCAAGCGCUGUGACACAUAACGACGUCACUGAUUUGCUAAUAACAGCUCAGUGUAUGAAACCAAUUAUUUCAAUUAGAAAUAAACGAAAUUUUAUGCCAUAUCAACAAGCACAAAAUAGUUUUACACAGGUAACACCAACUACGUCAACAAUAUCGAUUAGUCGAAAUUCCAAGUCAAGAUUAUAUCAAGAGAAAAAAGAUGUGUACGAUUAUCCUGAUCCGUGUACUAACUGUCCAACAGAUAUGUUAAAUCGUUUAUCUCAAUUAACAAAACUUCAGUUGGAUUCAAUAGAUUGGGAAAAGAAACGUAAACACGCAAAGAGAAGAAAUGUUCUCUUUAUUUAA